AUGAAAGUGCAAAUAGUGGCACUUGUCGCCGUAUGGUUCACCGUCAUGCAGCUCUACGCCACCCACGCGGCGAGUCUCUACUUGACAGGUCUACCAUUGGAAUCUGAACGAACCGUGAAACGAAGCGCCCUGCUGCAACCGGAGAACAAUCCAGAAUGGAAUCAGUUGGGAUGGGCGUGGGGAAAGAGGAGUGCGCCGGCAAGCGAGAUUCCGCGCCGUUUGGUCCGUGCGCUGCAUCCAGUAAAAAAGAAUCCGGAUUGGAACGAUUUGGGAUUCGCUUGGGGUCGAAAAUAA